AUGCCAUUCAUAGACUUCAGCUUGGGGAAGGGACGGGUAACACGCCAGUCACAGACAUCAACUAUGGGAGGGAAGAGUAACACGCCAGCCAAAGAAUCAGAUGGGGUAGGGACAGUUAACACAGCCAUAGACAUCAGCUGGGGGAAGGGAGUUGGUACUGGUUUAAAACAAGGAUGCCCACUGUCACCAAUUUUGUUUAAUCUGUACAUCAAUGAUCUGAUAACUGCCAUUAAGGACCUGAAUAUAGGUAUUGAAAUUGGUAAUGAAAAAAUUAGUAUCUUGUUGUAUGCUGAUGAUGUUGCUCUGUUGGCUGAAUCUCCAGAAGACUUACAAAAUAUGUUGGACACGGUGAAUAUUUGGUGUAAUAAUAAUAAUAUGUUGGUUAACUGUGACAAAUCAAAUAUUGUACAUUUUAGACCAAAUAAGAAAGCUGUAACAAAUUUUGUAUUUAAAAUGAGAACAGAUAGUUUAAAGGUAGUUUCUAAGUAUACAUAUCUAGGUGUAUUACUCAGUGAGUUUUUGGAUUAUGCAGAAAUGGCCAAGACAGCAGCUGUAUCUGCAGGCCGUGCUUUAGGCCUGGUAAUAUCUAAAAGUAAAGCCUUUGGUGGCUUCCAAUUCUCUACUUUCACCAAACUGUACGACUCCAUGGUGUGGCCAGUCUUAAAUUACUCUGCAGCUAUCUGGGUAGAUAAUGAAUUUUCUUGUGUUAAAGCUGUACAAAAUCGUGCAAUGAGAUAUUUUCUUGGGGUUGGCAAAUAUACAACAAAUACUGCAAUUAAUGGGGAAAUGGGUUGGAUACCAGCAAAGGUUAAACAAUGGGGUACAGUUACUCGUCAGUUUUGUCGUUUUAAAAAUAUGACUCAUAAUCGUGUCAAUAAGAAAAUAUUUUUAUGGGCUGAGAAUGAAUCUCCCCGUAACUGUAAAAAUAGUGUAUUUCGUAUGUGA